AUUUUUUGUGGCACCCAUUACAGUGCCGCGUGGAUUGUUUUUCUUGCGGCGUUCUGUCAAGUUGCGAGAUAAUAAUCUGACACUUUGCAAUGCGAAGUGUUUGCGAUAUUAUUAAAACAUGGGUUUCUUGGAGGAUACAUUCGUGAUUCUAAUUACACAGGUCAUCUUCUUCUUAGGAGGAUGGGUAUUCUUUGUAAAAAAAUUGUUUCGAGAUUACGAAGUUCAUCACAGAUUAGUACAAUUAAUUUUCUCAACAACAUUUUCAUUAUCUUGUACCAUGUUUGAGCUAAUUAUUUUUGAAAUAGUAGGAGUCCUUGAUUCCAGUUCCAGAUAUUUUCAUUGGAAUGCUGGCCUCUAUAUGCUCUUGUUUAUGGUAAUCGUUGUGAUUCCAUUUUACAUAGCAUACUUUAUUAUCAGUAACAUUAGAUUUGUAAGAUUGAAAUUAAUAAGGCCAUUAACAGUCAUUGUAUAUCUCUUUUAUCUGUAUUUGUUUUGGAAAGUGGGAGAUCCAUUUCCUAUUUUAAGCCCAAAAAAAGGCCUACUCUCCAUUGAACAGGGUGUUAGUAGAAUAGGCGUAAUCGGAGUUACUGUUAUGGCACUCUUAUCGGGAUUUGGUGCUGUAAAUUAUCCGUAUACCUCGAUGGCUUAUUUCAUGCGGCCUGUUACAUAUGCCGAUGUACAAAGCAUAGAGAAACGAUUGCUGCAAACAAUGGACAUGAUUGUCGCCAAAAAAAAGAGAAUAGCAUUAGCCAAGAAGGGAGAAGUUGUGGGACAGACAGAAGCACGAUCUAGACUGUGGGGCAUGUUAGGACCUUUAAGAGUGGUUAAAAGUAAUCAAGAAAGUAUAAAACAGUUACAAACAGAAGUAACGGCAUUAGAAGAAAUGUCUCGACAAUUGUUUUUGGAGGCACAUGAUAUUCAAAAUGCAAGAGAACGUUUAGAAUGGGCUGCCACUUGGCAAGGAAAAUAUUUCAAUUUUUUAGGGUAUUUUUUCUCUGUCUAUUGUACUUGGAAGAUAUUCAUUUCGACAAUUAAUAUAGUGUUCGAUCGCGUGGGCAAGAAGGAUCCCGUAACCAGAGCAAUCGAAAUUGCUGUUCACUGGAUGGGAUUUGACAUCGAUGUUACGUUUUGGUCGCAACACAUAUCAUUUUAUCUUGUUGGCUGUAUUGUCUUAACAUCAAUUCGCGGUUUAUUAUUAACCCUCACAAAGUUUUUUUAUGCUAUAUCAAGUAGCAAAUCAUCGAAUAUUAUUGUACUUAUACUUGCUCAAAUAAUGGGUAUGUAUUUCGUAUCCUCUGUACUUCUAAUGCGAAUGAAUAUGCCUGCGGAAUAUCGUAUUAUAAUAACACAAGUUUUAGGGGAAUUGCAAUUUAAUUUUUAUCAUAGAUGGUUCGACGUGAUCUUUUUGGUAUCCGCAUUAUCAUCGAUAGUGUUUUUGUAUUUAGCUCAUAAGCAAGCACCAGCAGAACGUGAUUAAUUUAAUAAAACAUUUUUUUAACUAAA